UUGGUGUAUUUCUUGGAUUGAUUCCAGUCUUAAACUUAUUAUUCUUUUGGACAAAUAUUGUUGGUGCUGCUUUAUGGACUUCUGAUGUUCUUAUCGAAGAUCAAAAACUUAGAAGUGAUAACACAGAAAGGAUCAUUACUUCCGAUCCAGUAGGAACAUCCUAUCAGUCUGCAACAAAUAUGGAAGAUUCUUCUAUUGCUGCCACUCCAGUUAAGACUUAUGGCGCUACUGAUAAUGCUUGA